AUGAAAUUGGUUGAUAUUCUAUUCGUACUGACUGCUGCUGCAGCCACUAAUGCAAUACUGAUACCGACUGAUAACAAUGGUUCACCCAAAGCAUCAGGCACUUCUAGUCGAGUGUCUGACCCAACCAAUGAGCCUAAUCCAGUUACUUCCAAUGAAUACCAGCAAGACAUAAUUGAUGCAACUAAUUUAAGCAUUUUCGACGAAGACUGGAAAUACCUAUUUGAUUUGAUUGAUCCAAGCACAUCCAAUGAAGACUGGCAACAACCGAUUGAUCAACCCAGUUCAAGCACUUUCAGCCAAGUAUCUGGUACAGCUGAUAAACCUGAUUCAAAUAUUCCCAAAGACUGGCAACAACCAAUAGAUGUAGCUAGUCCGAGCACUCCCAAACGAAGUCGAAAACGGCCGAUUGAUGAACCCGGUUCAAACAUUUCCAAACAAAGUCGGAAACAAUCAACUGAUCAACCCGGUCCGAGUGCUUCCAAACAAAGUCGAAAACAAUCAACUGAUCAACCCGGUCCAGGCAUCACUGACAAAGACUGGCAACGCCUAAUAGAUGAAGUCAAUUCAGACGCUUUUGAAGACUGGAAAGAACUGUUUGAUAUAGCUGGUUUAAAUACUCCCAGUCAAGUUUCUGACUCAAUUGAUCAGUCCAGUCCAAGUACUUUUGACAAAUACCAACAACAACCAGCUGAUCAACCCAGUCCAAGCACUUUCAACCAAGACCAGCAACACCUAAUGGAUGCAACUGGUCUAAAUAUUUCCGACCAAGACCAGCAACAGUCAAUGGGACAAGGCGAGUCUGCCAAUACUGUUUCAAAUCAAAUAGCUGGAUUAUGCGAAAAAUAUCAGGAAACCUUUGAUCGUAUAAAGCAAAAGUUUGUAGAGUCUAAAGAAAUACGAAAGAAAAAACUCAAAGAAUAUUGUGAUUAUGAAGCCCUUAGAUUCGAACAAUGGUCAGCGCUAGAAAGGGGAAAAGAGAUAUCAGGAUCAAGAUACGAUCCAAAGGUUGAAGAUCAAUUGAAACAAGAGUAUGCAACGGCAGGCAAAAAGGUGUGGGAGUUAAGGUAUCAAUUGAAAAGGUUUAUGAAAAGGCAUGGUUUGAAAUUCGAAGAACCGAAUUAA